AUGAAUUUUCUGGAGACUCAUUGUUUUAGUCCACAUCGAAUUUGUUUAAGUUUGACUGGUUUGUGGCCUUACACCAAGACAAAAUGGAAAUUGAUUGGAACACUUCUUAUAAAUUUCAUUUUGAUUAACAUACCGAUAUCGCUGAUAUUAAAUGUUAUUUGCAUUUCCGUUGAACAUUAUAACAUCAAAUUAAUUUCCGCGAUUCUCUGGUACUUCCUAAUAUAUCUUUAUUACGCUCUAUCAUAUUACAACAACUUCUUUAAAUUGUCGAAAAUAAGGAAGCUUCUAACACGUAUUAAUCGUGAUUGGUGUGAGAGAGGAGGUACAAAAGAAUUCAAAAUUAUGAAGCAAUACGCGGAGGAGAGCAAGAUCUACAUGAUUCUCAUGAUAAUUAUUAAUUACGCAUCAUUAUCUGCAAACGUUUUUAUACCAGCUACGCCUUUUAUUCUUGAUAUUUUUUAUCCAUUAAAUGAAACCAGGCCACGCUUAUUUCCAUUUCCAGUGAAAUUUUUGAUAGACACGCAAAAAUACUAUUAUUUCUUAUUAAUAAUAACUUAUAUCAGUGUUUCGUUAUUACUCUUAGCUGGCAUAUCGCAUUACGCAUUUUGUCUUUCGUUCGUACAACACGCAUGUGGAAUGUAUAUGGUCGUUGGGAAUAUGUUGGAAAAUCUGUUUGAUGAUAAAAAAUUCGAUAAUUCUAAGUUGGAGGAUGAAUCUUAUCCAAAAAUUGUCCAAAGUAUAAAAUACCAUAAAGAAGCUUUGAAAUUUAGCGCUGAUUUGAAUUCUUUAUAUGAAACUACUUACUUUUUUAUGUUGAUACUUGGACCUUUUCUCAUGGGUUGUGGAUUUAUUCAAAUAUUACAAGAUGAUGCGUUUACAAUUGAAAAUCUAGCAGGAUCUAUUGUAAUUACUAUAAACAUUAUAUGUAACCUGAUAGUAAUAUACUGGAAUUGCUAUUUGGGUCAAAAAAUAAUAGAUCAUAGUGUUCUUCUAGUCGAUAAAGCAUACAGUACGCCAUGGUACAUGUUAUCUCUUAGAUCACAAAUCUUAUUUAAAUUUAUCAUAAUGAGGAGUAUGAGAACCUCUUAUUUAUCUCUUGUUAAUACAAAGUGCACUAUCCUACGCAACAGUUGUGAACUCCAUACGAUAAUUCUACUGCGAGAGUUUCAGAAAUUUAAUAAACCUUAUUUUUGGGGGCAUAUAUUUCUCCGACAUCAAAUUAAUCGCCAUAAUUCUUUCAAACUUCCUAACGUACUUUUGCCACAUCGUGAUAUAUUACAACAAUUACUACAACCUGUCGAAAUAAUCUUACAGAUAAAUAAUCUUUUGGAGCGUAUUCAGCGUGAUUGGUACAAUAAAGAAGGUACGAAGGAAUUUGAAAUUAUGAAAAAAUUCGCAGAAGAAGGAAGGGUAUAUACGAUAAUCAUAAUAAUAAUUUACCUUACGUCUAUUAUUGGGAUCUCGCUUAUAUCGAUCUUCCCUGUUUUUCUCGAUAUCAUUAAUCCAUUGAAUGAAACUAGAUAUCGUGAGUUACCUUAUCCAGUGGUAGAUUUUAUAGAUCAACAAAAAUAUUUUUAUCACUUGUCGAUGCUAUCUUUCAUGGUGGUAUUAGACAUGAGUUUUUGUGGAAUAGCUAACUACGCUCUUAUUGCUAUCUUUAUACAAUAUAUGUGUGGAAUGUUUUCUGUCGUUGGAAACAUGUUGGAAAAUGCAUUAGAUAGUAAAUUAAUAAAAUCUGACGAUCCCAAUAAAGAAGCUAAAAUUUAUGCGAAAAUUGUUCAUAGUAUAAAGUACCACAAAGAAGCUUUAAAGUUUGAUGCUGAUUUUAAUGCUUUGUUUGAAACCACAUAUCUUAUAAUGUUGAUAUGUGCACCUAUUCUUGUAACCCUAGGAUUCGUUCGAAUAUUACAGGAUGAUGCAUUUGAGACAAAGAAUCAGAUGGAAACUAUUCAUAGUUUGAUAAAUGUUUUAUGCAACUUAUUUUUUGUAUAUGGGAAUUGUUACUUGGGCCAGAAAGUAAUAGAUCAAAGUGUUUUUGUAUUCGACAAAGCAUUCAGCGUACCAUGGUACCUGCUUUCUAAAAGAUCACAAAUUCUAAUCGGAUUUAUUAUGAUGAGAAGUGUAAAACCUUCUUAUAUAUCGCUCGGCAAAUUCUCCAUCAUGUCUAUCAAGUUUUUUGCCUCGUUAAUACAAACUGCAUUAUCUUAUGCGACCGUUGUCAACUCUCUACAAUAAUUGUCGAAAUUAUUGGAUUUUGAAGAAAUAUUAUACCACAAUUAGUAUUACUAGUAUUAUUUUAAAUUUAAGUGUUGUCCG